AUGGCUAGCGCAGCCCUGAUUGUGUGCACAACAAGACUGUACUUAAGGAAAUUUGUCACUCGUGCCUUCGGGCUCGACGACAUUUUUGUCGUAAUGGCACUUAUAUGGGUCUUGUUCUUUGCCGCAUUAUCCAUUUCACUCACCUUUUAUGGCAUUGGAAGCCACCAGAAUCAAGUCCCGGAGGAUGACUUCCCUACCAUGGAAUAUCUUGUCUAUGUGUCCCUUUGCACUUACCUGUUCGUUGCCUCGACUGUCAAGACCAGCCUGGUCCUCUUUAUAAUGCGCGUCUUCCCAACCAAGUUCAUCCGCUGGUAUGGUCAUGGAAUCAUUGUAUUUCUGGUUCUCCUGACGAUCUCUGGAGAAUUACCCUGGAUUCUUCAAUGCAAGCCAGUACGUGCUGCAUACUUGAAGUCACUUCCGGGUAGUCAAUGUUUCUCUACGAACACACUGUUUGGUAUUGAGAUGUACCAGGGUGUUUUGAUGUUUGUCAUUGACCUUGUGAUCAUUACAAUGCCGAUUCCGACCAUUUGGAAGCUGCAAAUGCCAUUCCAACGUCGAAUUUCGAUCAUCAUUCUAUUCUCACUGGAUGCCGGAGCCACACCGCUCAUCUGGAUGAAUGUUGAGUUUUCGCUUGCCCUAAUCACGGGAUCUCUCCCAUCGAUGCGAGUCCUAUUAAGAUCAUUCCCUGGCUUUGGAUCUUCCAAUAAAACCCCUCGAUACCAAACCCGGACUGGCGAGUGGAUUAACGGCCAGGAUCAAGCCGGGAUUCCCUUGGACCAACAUCCUUGGAAGAAGAAGAUCGGGAAAAGAAAUGAUCUAGAAAGUCUGACUCUUGGGAGUCUGGCUUGUGAGAGCCAAGAAAGAAUUGUUGAUGUCCAUUCUCCGAGAAGGGACGGUUACUCGAUGUAA